AUGGACAACCUGCUGUCCAAAUCCCUCUAUGGGGUGGUCUACCUCAUGGGUUUGAACUUCCUCACGCACGGGCUGACGUUCGUGCUCAACACGCUGAUCGUGCGCAUGGUGCAGACCAACGUAUUCGGGCUGUUGGUGUCCACCAUCCUCUUCCUGUCUCGCGAGGCGUUCCGCAAUGCCUGCCAGCGUUCAGCCGAGGGCGACGUGGGCGACAAGCGAUGGCAGCGUGAGUGGGAGCGCAAGCUGACCAACCUGAGCUGGGCGGUGGUGCCGCUGGGCGUGGCCGUGACGCUGGCCACCUUCGCCCUCUCGGUGCUCACCGCAUCGCCCGAGGAGCGCGCCCUAGACAACUACCACCUCGUC